GAAAGCAAGAAUCUGAGAAGAAAAUAUUAGAGCUGAUCAAAACAAGCCCGGCCCGCUGGCCUGACCCGACCCGACCCGAUUUUGGGCGGGUUUUGGGCAGCAUUUUUCGGCCCGAAAUCGGGUCGGGCCCGGCCCAACCCGAAUUUUUUUUUUUUUUUUUGCAGGCUUGGGAAUGCAUUUUUUAAGCUAUUUUAGUUCAUUGUUUUGGUCCGGCCCACAAGGCCCGUCCAUUUUGGGCGGUUUUGGGCAUGAAAAUUUUGGCCCGAAGCUAGGUCCGACCCGGCCCGCCCCCAGAAAUGGGCUGAUUAUUUAUGCCUCGGCCCGGCCUGGCCCGCCCAUUGAUCAGGUCUAGAAAAUAUUGUACCAGUAUAUUAUCUUAUAGGAUGAUAAGGUAUAGUUUAUCACAAAUAUAAAAAAACACCCAGUGUACAAUAGCAUUAUUGUAAAUCGGUUCAAAUAAAGUAAGUUAUCAUCUAAUUGUUUGCACCUUCUUCCUUAUUUUUCAUUUUCUGGAUCUUUCUUUCUUCUUUCAGUUUCACCCUCUAAUCUUACUUUCCUCUCUCUAAUUCUUUACUCUUUCAUUUUCUCUUCAUCUUCCAUGCCUAAGAAAUCACUUCCUCUAUUCUGAAAUUUUCAACCUACAAUUAAUCUUUUGUUGAUAAAAAAAUUUCGACCGUAAAACCAAUUUCUCAAAUGACGAUUUUUUCUCAAAAUUUUGUUUGAAUUGAGUUUUUGAUUUAUAUAAUUGAAAUUCAAUCGAUUGUUUCUAUCAACAUUUAAGAACCUCCAGACAUAAAAAUAGAUGAUUGGCUUCAUCUCAAAUCAUUAUCGAAGCGGCACAAAAAUGGCUAUUUGGUAUGGCAAAUUAAUCUUCGUUUCUUUUCGCUACAGUGAAACUACGACAUUGCUAAUGCCUUGAUAAGGCCACUAGAUGCACAGUAUAGAGCUAGAGAAUCAGAUCUGCCACUUUAGAUGACAAUAGGCAAUAGGACUCUCAUCCAGUCUUUGGAUCCUGAAGGAGAACAAGUUUUUCCUAAGUAUCAAUCUCUUGCUUCUAUUCCAAGAGUUUCUACUGAUGAUGUUCGACAUGAUAUACUUGUUAUUGUGCUCUAUGUUGCAAAUGAACCGCGAAAAAUUGUCACAACACUGAACAAAGAAUCAUCUGUUCGCGACUUGAUGGUGACAAAUCACAGCACUGAUUCACCAGUCAAAGUGUGUACCUGGAAUGAUUUAUCUGGAAGGCAGUGUAAGGCUCUUGUCUCUAACAGUGAAAAUUUCAAAGUAAUUGGCAUCACACCUUUGCGUCCUAUCACUCGCAAAGGCUUUCAGCUUGAAUCAUCUAUGUCUACUGUCAUAAUCGAAUCUUUUGAAGGUGAAAAGGUUGUUUCCUUAACUGAAUGGCAAAGAAAGCAUCGCAGUGUUCUUAUUGAGCAUUAGCUUAGAGUUACGGUUGCUUAGAAUCCACCUACAGAAAGAAUUUUAACAACAAUAUCCUACAUCAAAGCCAAAAAGGCAGCAAAAAUGCUUCCACGAGAGAUUUAUUGUCUCAGAGUUAUAGCAUCUGAUAUUAAGUACGACCGGCUUAGAGUAUAUAUAGGAUGUUCCUACUAUGGAAAGCGAACACAUCUACCACUUGGAACAGUCUAUGCUUGAAUUGUGAGAGGAAUGAAGUGUCUGCUACUUACCGGUAAAAACUGUCUAUGGAUUACAUUACAUAGAAAAAACAAUAUGUUACUUAUAACAAUUGAAAACAAACACUAAUUUUUCAA